AUGUUAUUAUCGGUAUUCAUAAUAUUGAUAAACACCUUGUUUGUCCUAGCUAUCCCACCAAAAGAAGGUUCAGAUAAUAACCCAUCAAAGAAAUAUCUUGUUACCGAUUUGCCGGGAUUAUAUGAAAAUGUUAAACCAAAAAUUUCAGUACCAUUGAUGUUUUCGGGACAAUUGGAAUUAUAUCCAGAGAAUAACACCCAUUAUUUCUUUUGGAAAUUUGUUGAUUCUGAACUUAAUCAAGAUACUAGUAAAAAAACCAUAUUUUGGUUAAAUGGAGGUCCUGGUUGUUCAUCUAUGGAUGGGGCAUUAUUAGAAACUGGUCCAUUUAGAAUUGAUGAAAAUGAAAAAGUUAUUUAUAAUAAUGGAUCAUGGCAUAAAUUUGGGGAUAUUAUUUAUGUUGAUCAACCAGCAGGAACUGGAUUUAGUUUUACUAAUGAAUAUAUUACUGAUUUAGAUCAAGUUGCUUGGUAUUUUUUGAAAUUUAUGGAAGAAUAUUAUAAAUUAUUUCCAAAUGAAAUUAAUAAUGAAAUAUAUUUUGCUGGUGAAAGUUAUGCUGGUCAAUAUAUUCCUUAUAUUGCUGAUGCAAUUUUGAAAAGAAAUAAAAACUUAAAAGAAAAUGAUGUAAAAUAUGAUUUGAAAGGUAUAUUAAUUGGAAAUGGAUGGGUUCUGCCAAAUCAACAAAGUUUAUCAUAUUUACCAUUUUUCAUUAAUCAUGGAUUGAUUGAUAAAUCACAUCCUAGAUGGGGUAGUUUAUUGAGUAAACAUGAAAAAUGUCAAAAAAUUGUUAAUAAAAUCGAUGGACAUUUCGAUGAAGCUGACGUUCAUCCAUAUGAAGUUAAUUCAGCUACUUGUGAAAGUAUUUUAACUGAUUUAUUGAAUUAUUCACAAGAUCGUGAAAGUGAUUCAGAUCAUAGAUGUAUUAAUAUGUAUGAUUAUACAUUAAGAGAUUCAUAUCCUUCAUGUGGGAUGAAUUGGCCAUUUGAACUUAAAUAUGUUGCUCCAUUUUUAAGAAAAGAAGAAGUGAUGCAUGAUUUGAAUUUAGUUGAUUUGAAAUAUUGGCGUGAAUGCAGUGGUAAAGUUGGUAGAAUGUUUGGUGCAAGAAAUUCUUUACCUGCAGUUCAUUUGUUACCUAAUAUUUCACAAGAAAUCCCAAUUAUAUUAUUUAAUGGUGCCAAUGAUAUUAUUUGUAAUUCAGAUGGGGUUUUAUCUUAUCUUGAUAAAUUACAAUGGGGUGGUAAAGUUGGUUUUACUAAUAAAGAUGAUCAAAUUAAUUGGAUUUAUGAUAAUAAAGAAGUUGGUUAUAUCUUAAUGGAAAGAAAUAUUUCAUUUAUUAAUAUCUAUAAUUCUUCACAUAUGGUGCCUUAUGAUUUACCUGAUGUUUCAAGAGCUUUAAUGGAUUUAGUUAGUGGGAAAUAUGAAGAGAAAGAAAAAGAUGGCAAGAGGGAAUUUAUCACUUAUCCAUUAGGUGAAGUAAGAAAUAAAUUGGGUCAAGAAAUCCCAGCGGAUGAAAGUUCCAAACCUAUUGAAGACAAACCUGAUGACAAACCUAUUGAAGACAAACCCGAGGAAACUAAACCAGAACAAACCAAACCAGAAGACGAAACUUCAUCAUCAACAUCAGAAAUUAUCCCAACAUCAGAAGCAUCAUUUAUUCCAGAACCAGAAGAAUCUACAAGUUCCAAGUUCACUAGAUUGAUUCAAUUGGGUGUUAUUUUCAUUAUAUUCUGGGGUGUUUACAUUCUUUAUGUUUCCUACAGAGCCCGUCCUUCGUCUAUAAUUAAAAAACCAGCACGUUCAACUAAUUCAUCUGGUCGUAAGAAGAAUGUUCAAUGGGCAGAUCAAUUGAAUAGAUUCGAAGAAGAUGAGAAUGAACUUGGUUCACCUCCACCUCAAGGUAUAAUAGCAAAAACUAUAAGUAAAAUUACCGGUAAUACAAGUAAUCGUGGAAGAUAUGCACCAGCAGGUGAUGGAUCAAGAGAAUUUACUGAUGAUAUUGAAUUGGGUGAAGGUAUAAGUGAUCCAAAUGUUGAUGAAUUUAUAAUCGGUAGUGAUGAUGAUGAAGAUGACGAUGAAGAUGUAGAGACCCAUGAAGGAAAUCCUAAGAAAACUGAAUCUAAAAGUUAA